GGAGAACGGACCAAACUGCCGUAAGACCUCGUACGGCCCCCGCGGAGUAAGCCCCCGGCUGGCAAAGGUGCUCGCUCCCCGGACAUAGUCGUGAACCACUUAGCUAGCUAGCGUUAAGUUGGCAACCGAACAACUGCGGGAAGGUGAUGACAAGAGUCAGUUGAACAUCCUGAAGAAACGGCGUGUGGCAGAUCUUCUGUCUCAUUAUAUUCCAGAAGAUGAAGCAGCUCUUAUGAAAAAUGGAAGAUACACUUGCCUUGUGUGCUCCUACCGUCCCGUGUUUGAUACAGUUGAUACGUUGACGGUCCACAGAAACGGGAAAAAGCAUCUAGAAGGAUUAAAAGCUUUCUAUGGCAAGAAAGCACGGUUGAAGAAUGAAAUGACAAAAAGGCACCAUGAAAACUACAUCCAGACUGAAGACACAAAACAGGAACCCUCGUGUUCAGCCCCUUUGCUGGCCCAAACACGGAAGCUUACACAUCACGCUUUGUUGAAGACUGUACCAUAUAACAGCUGCCAUACUAAAACCAGUACAAAAUCUGGAGAAGGAGCCCGGAGAAUCAGCUCAGAUCCCAGUGACAACUCUUGCAGCGAAACAGCAUCCGAACAAGAAAAAGCAUGCCAAAAAACUAAAGUUUCAAACAGUUUAUCACAAAGCACGUUUAAUGGCUGCACAGCAGCCGUUGAAGGGUCGCAUCCGGACAUUAAGGCCGAGGCCUCAGUGACACAGGAGGCAGAGCCCAUAACAGCGCAGAGGAGGAGAGAGCUGGAGCACUACCUCAAACUGAAAAGUGACGGGUGGUUGCCAGACCGAAGCGGCCAGUGGGUGAGAGACGAGAAUGUGGAGUUUGAUUCAGAUGAGGAGGAGCCUACUUCGCUCGCCCCUCAACCUACAAGUCACUAAGACGACUAUGGGAAACUGUGGGAAAACACAGAUGAACUUGUUCCACAUUGGUACAUUCAGAGGCCUCAGGCUGUUUGAAACAGCCGGAGCACCACGUGUAAAGACUUCAUUAAAGAGAUUUGUACUAAUAAUCAACCUUA